AUGGAAACGGCAGCAACAACAACAAAUGGAGCAGACACUGCCUCAGCAAGUAAUGAUAUCUACCCAUUAGCUCUGCUUAUGGAUGAAUUGAAACAUGAUGAUGUCUCUACCAGAGUGGAUGCCAUGAAGAAAUUAGACAAGAUUGCCCUAGCAUUAGGUCCUCAAAGAACAAGAGAUGAAUUGAUCCCCUUCUUAGUGGAAGUGGCACAAGAUGAUGAAGAUGAAGUCUUUGCGGUCCUUGCUGAAGAAUUGGGUCAAUUCGUACCAUUUGUUGGGGGGGCUGAAUUCGCUCCAAUUUUAUUACCACCUUUGGAAAUUCUAGCUUCCACUGAAGAAACCUUAGUAAGAGAGAAAGCUGUAGACUCUUUGAAUAUUAUUGCAAAGGAUCUAUCUGAUCAGUUGUUAUUGGAAAAUUUCAUACCUUUGAUUGAAAGAUUGGCUAACGCAGAUUGGUUUUCUUCAAAAGUUUCCGCUUGUGGACUUUUCAAAUCUGUCAUUUAUAGAGUUCAAGAUGAUAAUUUAAGGAAAGAUUUAUUCCAAUUGUAUUAUCAUUUAGAUCAAGAUGAUACUCCAAUGGUUAGAAGAGCUGUAGGGAAAAACUUACCUACUUUAGUCGAUUUAUUAGUCGAAAACGCUGAUUUAUCAACUAAUCAAGAUUGGGAAUUCAUUUCUAAUAUCUUCCAAAAUAUUAUCAAUGACAAUCAAGACUCAGUUAAAUUUUUAGGGGUAGAUUGUCUUAUCUCCAUUGCUAAAUUUUUCAACGCUAAAAAUGAUCAAACUCAUUCUCAAGAACUAUUAAACUCGGCUAUAAAAUUAAUUAAUGAUGAAGCUUGGAGAGUUCGUUAUAUGGCAGCUGAUAGAUUCGAAGAAUUAACCAAACAAUUCAGUAAUAAUCCAAAUCAUCUCAAUGAAUUAAUUGAGCCAUUCUUAAACCUUUGUGAUGAUAACGAAGGAGACGUUAGAAAGGCCAUCUCUAAACAAAUCCCAGGUUUCGCGAAGUUAAUUAAUAAUCAAACAAUAGUAUUGACUAAAAUUUUACCAAUAAUACAAAAUCUAAGUAUGGAUGAAAUGGAAGACGUUAGAUCCUCUUUAGCUUUGAAAGUAAAUGAUAUCGCAGAAGUCUUGACGAAAGACCAAGCCAUCGAACAUCUUUUACCAAUUUUAUUAAAUAUGUUGAGAGAUGAAUGUCCUGAAGUACGUUUAAAUAUUAUUUCAAAUUUGAAAAUUAUUAACGACGUCAUCGGUAUUGAAUUAUUAUCUGAAUCUUUAUUACCUGCAAUCACAGAAUUAGCCAAAGAUGGUAAUUGGAGAGUCAGAUUAGCUAUCAUUGAGUAUAUUCCAAUACUAGCUAAACAAUUAGGUGUGGAAUUCUUUGAUCAUCAAUUAAGUGAAUUAUGUCUUUCCUGGUUAUGGGAUACUGUUUAUUCAGUAAGAGAUGCCGCAGUCAAUAAUUUAUCUAAAUUAACAGAAAUCUUCGGCUCAGAUUGGUGUCGUGAUGAAAUUAUUCCAAAGUUGCUGAAAAUGGAUCCUCAAUUAUUGAAAAAUUUCAUUUAUAGAUUUACUUUACUAUCAACUUUAACUGCUCUUUGUAAAGUUGUGUCACCAAAAGUUAUCGCUUCUGAAAUUUUACCCUUCAUUGUUAAUUUAUCAACUGAUUCCGUACCAAAUAUUAGAUUCAACGUUGCUAAAUCUUAUCCAAUCAUAAUAGAAACUCUACGAGAAGAUGAAGAUAAAACUGAUUAUACUCCUUUAAUAACUACCACUAUUGAUCCUUCUUUACAAAAAUUAUGUGAAGAUGAUGAUGUAGACGUUAAAUAUUUCGCAAAUGAAAGUUUAGAAAAAUGUAAGAAAUUGUUGGCUGUAUAA